CAGAGACAAACCACUAUUGCUUGUGUUCCUAACAGCUUGUCUGUUGAGAGGCUGGUCAUUGGGCUUCACUUUUGGAGACGUUUAAAAUGCAUGCUGAACCAGGAAGAGGAUGGAAAAUCCUGCAAGAAUGAUUGAGAGGAUAGCACAUACAAAUGUGUGAGCACACACAAAGAGGAACCUUUCCCAGGAGAACAGUGAUAGGUAAUCAUCUUUGAGAAAAUACCUUGUUAAGAAUGAAUUUGAGAGAUUUCAUCUAAACCCGAACCUGUUAGACAGAAGCCUCUUCAAUGUGUUACAGGCAGUAUGAGUUCCAGCCAGAUUUUACUCUAAAGGAAACACUGGAGGGUUAACAUGCAGAAAAAACCUUCAGAGUGUGGUGAAUGUGGAAAAUUCUUUACUCAAAGAUCAUCUCUUAAAGAGCAUCAGAGGAUUCACAGAGGAGAGAAGCCCUAUGUGUGCAAUGAAUGUGGAACUUGUUUCCGUAAACAGUCAAAUCUUACUCAACACCUGAGAAUUCAUACAGGAGAGAAACCUUAUAAAUGUAAUGAUUGUGAGAAAGCCUUUCAGACAAAAGCAAUUCUUGUCCAGCACCUGAGAAUUCAUACUGGAGAGAAACCUUAUAAAUGUAGUGAAUGUGGAAAAACCUUUUGUCAGAGCCCAUCCCUUAUUAAACACCAGCGAAUUCAUACUGGAGAGAAACCUUAUAAAUGCACAGAAUGUGGCAAAGCCUUCAGUCAGAGCAUAUGCCUCACUCGUCAUCAGAGAAGUCAUUCUGGAGAUAAACCUUUUAAGUGUAAUGAAUGUGGGAAAGCCUUCAAUCAGAGUGCAUACCUCAUGCAGCAUCAUAGGAUUCAUUCAGGAGAGAAGCCCUACACCUGUACUCAAUGUGGUAAAGCUUUCACUCAGAACUCUUCCCUUGUUGAACAUGAACGAACUCACACUGGAGAGAAACUUUAUAAGUGUAGUGAAUGUGAAAAAACUUUCCGCAAGCAGGCACACCUUAGCGAGCAUUACAGAAUUCAUACUGGAGAAAAACCUUAUGAAUGUGUUGGAUGUGGAAAAUCCUUUAGGCACAGUUCAGCACUUACUCGACAUCAGAGGCUUCAUGCUGGAGAGUAA